AUGGUCGAGGAAGCUGAUAAGUUGUACAAAGAGAUCAACUCUGUUGAUUUCGACGUAUUUCAAUGUGUCAGUUAUCUACGUCGCUAUUCUGACGAAAUUGGUGUUCACUAUUACCUAACGCAAAAGCUUCGACUGUUCAAGUAUGACGACUUGGAGUUUUUAAUACCCCAACUUUUGCAACUUUUGAUAUCGUUCGAAACCAAUUCGAUGGCAUUGGAGGAUUUCAUAUUGGAAUACUGCGCAAGAUAUACUCAUUUCAGUCUAAUUGUUUUUUGGCAGUUGCAAGCUUAUGUGUUUGAACUCAAAGAUGAACCAAAAUCAUACUCGUUUCAGGUCGUUCGAAAUUUAAUAAACAAGCUUCAGGACAUUUUGUUUAAUCCAUCCGAAGUUCCUCAGAAGCCUCAAUUUCGGGAAAACUUGCACCCAUCACUAGUGCUCUGUGGCGCAUUGGCAGCAUCAAUAGGAUUACCUCAAAUUCAUGACUACACGAAACCGCUUUUGUCAACACAAGGUCGUCAGCAGAGAUCAUUCGUUUUCAAACUUGCAAAUUUUCAAAAAGUCUUGACAAGAAAUCUAACAUUAAAAAACCAAAAGAUGUCUGGUGAAGGCAGGUCUGCUCAGUCCGAUGAUGAAGGUGGGAUACACCAUCCACAAGCAGAUCUCAAACCUGAGCGUCAUUCUGAAUCAUCAGCUCGUUAUAAAAAGCUUUCAAGCUCAAGUUUUGCAUCUGACGAGUCUGAGUUUUAUACCAGUGACGAUGAAUUAGACACUUCUUCAAAACCGCUUAGAAGAUAUCAUUCCUUCACUGGCAAAAGUCUCAAUCCUGAAUCGGAAAGUGUGACUCUUUUGAAACACAUGGAGAAAAAGUUGAGUGUGGAGUCGGUGAUUCGGCCAACUAGCUUGUCCUUAUCAAUAGAUCUGCCUCAUCAUAUUUCACAUUCCAUGCCUGAUUUGGUCUCCUCGUCCUCUACGAAGGAUAUUGGAGAUCUCAGCUUGUCAAGUGAGGAAAUUUUUCGAUACGGUGAAAGCCAAAGAGACAAACAGAUUUAUAAACUGGAAACAUCGUCUAGUGACUUAGUUGAUCCUGUCAGGUAUUUGAAAUCAAAUUAUUCAAAAAAUGUGACAGAAUUCAUCUUGGCGUUACAAAAUGUAUCCUUACGGUUAUCACAGCUCCCAAAGGAAGCCCGUCUAUCUGCUUUAAGAGCAGAACUUUCCAUCAUAAAUGACACACUUCUUCCCGCAGAGGUCGACAUUCCCCAGCUUCUCCCCCAUACGAGCACAAGAAACAAGAAACAUCACAAGCUAUUGAAGCUUAGUGUAAAUGAAGCUUGCGUACUUAAUUCUGCAGAAAGAGUUCCAUUUUUAAUGUUUGUUGAAUUUCUUAGUGAUGAGAUUGAUUUCAAUCCUUCAUCAACUUCGAAUAGGAUAUUAUUACAGAAACGCUCCAUGUCAACUCACCAUUCCUUGAACUAUAGAACAACGCCCACGUUGAGUACAGAAAACAGGCUGAUGCAAAGCGCUUCACAGAACUUUGAAGCAGAUUUGAGUGAGAUGAAGACAUCUCAUUCCCCAUAUCUCGAUCCUGAACAAAGCAAGUCUGGUAUCUCGCAUAUGGACGUACUCGAAAAGGUGUCCGGAAACUCAUCCAACCUGAUAGAUGCUGCAUCAAAGACUAGAGCAGAUCAAAUGCGCAUAGCAGCUGUCAUGUUGCAACAAUUAGAGGCUUCAGGUCAGUCCACCUCGGAACAGUCAUCAGCGAUAAAAAAUCGAAUUAUCGAGUCAAUGAUUGCGUUGCAAGAUCAAUUCGAGUCUAUUGAUUACGAGAAAUUUAAUCAUCUUAAAGGCAAUGAUCCAGAUGCUGGAGAAAGGAAGCUCGAAAAUGACUUUAAGCUAGCUGAGGACUGGCAUGCCAAGAGACAAAGAAUAAGGAAAUCUAGCAUUUACGGCAAGCUACCAAAUUGGGACUUAUGUUCAGUCAUCGCUAAGAAUGGCUCUGAUCUUCCUCAAGAGGCUUUCGCAUGUCAGCUUAUUACAAUGAUCUCCAAUAUAUGGACAACCAAACAAAUACCCCUGUGGACAAAGAGAAUGAAAAUUUUGAUAACAAGUGCGAAUACUGGUUUAGUUGAGACAAUAACUAACGCAAUCUCGAUCCACUCUAUUAAGAAGUCAUUGACUGAGAUUUCAAUUCGAGCUGGCGAAAAUACUAAGGGCCGCAUAUUCACCCUCAAAGAUUACUUCGAAAAACUAUUUGGGGAUCCGUCCUCAGCUGCCUAUAGGUGUGCACAAGAAAAUUUUGCUAGAAGUUUGGCCUCAUAUUCGAUUAUCUGUUACGUUUUGCAAAUUAAAGACAGACACAACGGAAACAUUAUGCUUGACGAUGAAGGUCAUAUCAUACACAUAGAUUUUGGAUUUCUUCUAUCGAACUCACCCGGUAGUCUUGGCUUCGAAGCUGCUCCAUUCAAACUCACCAUGGAAUAUGUUGAUCUUUUGGAUGGUCCGGAAAGUGAACUAUUCCAGUAUUUCAAAAAGUUAUGCAAGGACUGCUUUAAAGCAUUGAGAGAGGAGAGCGAUCGUAUUAUCAAUAUGGUUGAAAUUAUGCAAAAAGAUUCAAGUCUCCCUUGCUUUAACAAUGGCGACAAUACCAGUGUUCUUCUUAAGAACCGAUUGCAACCCCAAUUGAAAGAUGAAGAGAUCGACAGCUUCGUUGAGGUUUCGCUCAUAGGAAAAAGUUUGGGCAGCAUGUAUACCAGACUAUACGAUCAAUUUCAGUUGAUUACGCAGGGAAUAUAUAGUUAG